AUGGACUGUGAGGGUAAUGAUGUGCAUGAUGAGAGCGAAAUGUCACAAGACGAAGAUGACAAACAAGAUUCGGAAAUCUAUCUUCCGGGCCACUCACGCCCUCUUCGUGAUGACGAAGAACUGGUAAUGGAUAAGUCAGCCUACAGAAUGUAUUAUCAUCUCCAAGUUGAGGCGCCCUCUCUUUCCUUUGAACCCCUUCUCGAUUGCAUGGGAGAUUCACGGGUGGUUGAGAUAAACGGGACUGAUCCUUUGACUAUCUAUAUUGCUGCGGGAACACAGACGCAGGAAGCCAAAGACAACAGCAUAGUUGUUAUGCGGUUGUCUAACAUGCGGCCCAUGACUACCAAAGAGACUACGGAUGAAUCAGAUUCAGAUAGUAGUUCAGAUGAUGAAAUCAGUAAUGAUCUGGAUAGUCUACCGGAAGUGGAGUCUGCGAAAAUUCGCCAUCCUCAUGGCACAAUCAACCGACUCCGUGCUCACAAAUUUCAGGAGUCUUACUUCGCUGCUACGUGGUCUGAGUCUGCAGAGGUGAAUGUUUGGGACCUACGUCGACCCCUUCUGGCUGUAAAUGACUCUGCGGUGAUGGCAGAAUAUUCACGCAAUCAUGAAUCUCCCGCACCUCUCUUUACUUUCAAAGGUCACAAAGUAGAGGGCUAUGGUCUCUCUUGGAGUUCCUGCUCCACGCCUUUUUGUAACCUGGCUACUGGUGACAACGAUGGUGCUAUUUUCAUUUGGCAGGCUGGGCCUUCGGGUUGGACGGUAUCUUCGAAGCCCUACAAGGGUCAUAAGGGCUCUGUGGAGGAUAUUCAAUGGUCCCCAAGCGAACCCACUGUAUUUAUUACCACGUCUACAGAUCGCAGUUUCUGUGUUUGGGAUACUCGCAGCGGUGUUAGGACGUCAGCCAUGAUAACCGUGGCGAAUGCGCAUUCUACAGAUGUAAACGUAGCUUCAUGGAACGCGCGGCAGCCUGGCACCCUUCUAACCGGUGCUGAUGACGGCUGUAUUCGUGUGUGGGAUCUUCGUAUGGUGCAUCGAUACUACGGUCCUGGUGGUGGUGGUGGUGGUGGAGAAAGCGCUUUAACGGCGUACACACAUUCUUUUAGCUUCCACAGUUCAGCGAUCACCUCUAUUGAGUGGCACCCCACGGAGGCUGGGAUCUUUGUGGCCAGCUCGGAAGACGAUACGACGAGCCUGUGGGACUUAGGCUUGGAACAGGACGCGGCUGAAAUCGAGGAAAAGUGCGAUUCCAGUCUUCCAGUGCAACUCGUCUUCCUUCACAGUGGUCAGCGAGAGGUGCGCGAGAGUCGAUGGCAUCCUCAGGUCCCUGGUCUAAUCAUCAGUACCGCCCUCGACGGAUUUAAUGUCUUUCGAACGAUCAGCGUAUAA